CCUCUUUCCCGGCAUCAUGUCAUCCUGUCGCCAGGUCGGAAGGCCACUGGCGCAGCGCCUGCUUCGGCAAGAUGCCGCACCUCUCCGGCCCUUCACCACUUCCUCCCCUGCAUCCGCCCAAGUCUACAAAGUCGUCCGCGAGCGGCCCGAAGGCGAGGUCGACCCCGUCGAGCUGGACCCGAACACCGCCGUCCAUCCGUGGGCCGAGAAGGACCUCUGGAAGGCCGGCACCCCGCCCAUAGGCAGUCGCCGUCGCCGCUACGCCAUCCGCACGUCGCAGAACAUCCCCUUCGAGCAGCUCCCCUACCAGGCCUUCCAGGAGGCCCGGAAGUUGCUGGCCGAAGACAGGGAAGAGAAGAUUGCCGCCAUCAAGGCCGAGGUGGAGAAGAUGCGGAAAAUACGAGAGGCGGACGCUUCGCUCUUCAAGGGUGGAGAGAAGAAGCGCGAGAUGAAGCUGCAGAGUUUGCGUCAGCACAUUGAGUGGUUGAAGAUUCAAGCCGACAUUAACGAUCCUUGCAUCAAGAGGAGGUUUGAGGACGGACUUGGCGACAUGAACAAACCCAUCUACCGCUACCUCGCCCAACGCCGCUGGGAAGCCUACGAGCGCAAGAUCAUCGAGCAGCGCAUCUCCCAGUUCCACAUCACCCCGGACAUCCUCCCCACCUUCUCCCCCCAAUACGACGUCCAGCUCUUCUUCCGCCGCGCCAAGGUCCCCGCCGGCAAGCUCCUCCCCAGCGACAUCACCGAGGUGCCCCCGCGCCUGCGCAUCCAGCCCUUCGACGCCGGCGACCGCCUCGUCACCAUCGUCAUCCUCGACCCGGACGUCCCCAACGUCGCCGCCGACGGCUUCACCAAGCGCUGCCACUACCUCGCCGCCAACAUCCCCCUGUCGCCCACCAACCCCGCCCUCGCCCUCUCCCGCCUCCCCGACGCCGACCACGUCGCCGUCCCCUACCUCCCCGCCUUCGCCCAAAAAGGGUCCCCCUACCACCGCCUCGCCAUCUUCGUCCUCGACCAGCCCGACGGCCGCCCCCUCGACGUCGCGAAGCUACGGAGCCUCUACGCCGCCAACAAGACCCCGGAGCACAACUUCUCCCUCAAGUCCCUCCGCGACAAGUUCGGCCUCCGCCCCGCCGGGUUCACCCUCUUCCGCGCCGCCUGGGACGAAACCACCGCCGACGUCAUGCGCCGCGCCGGCGUCCCCGGCGCCGACGUCGAGCUCCGCCCUACCCGCGUCCGCUCGCUCAAGCCGCCCAAGCCCCUGCGCGGCUGGGAGGCCAAGCGCCAGGGCCCCAAGUACCGCCAUCUUUGGAAGUAUACCAAGCGAAUCCGCGGCUUGUCCAACGCCAAGGGCUGGAUCAUCAAGAAGCGCGGCGACGGCGGCGGCAGGAGAGGUUAGGGAGACAUGCAUGGCAUUGGUCUCUCAUGUCGGAACUAUCUGUACGAGUCGGUCGGUGGGAGGGAAGCUCAUGCUUAUGGGAGCAACGCCGCCUCCCUCUUUCCAGCGAUCAUGGUCGUUAUCCCUGACGGCUUGGAGCAGAGUGAUGUGGGGGGAGGCGAACGGAGACAAAACACCCCCCGGCUUCCUUCAGCGCCUGGGAAUGUACUUGUAGAAUAUAUCAUCUGUAUUGUGUAACGCCUACAUUGAACCGCGCCAUCUCACAAAAUGCGCGGUUGUUGGUUCUAGUUGGGACCUGGAAUAUAGAAUUGCUCAUGUAGAACAAGGAAUUAAUCUGCCCC